AUGGGCUGGCCAAAAUGCAACACGACGCUGGAGGAUAUGCAGAUUACAGAAGAGCCCAUAUGGCACGACAAGAGCUUCCACGACCUGGGUCUCUAUCUGGGUGCGAUCUUCACCUUCAUCGCCAUCGCGGUCUCGUUCUUCCUCAUUAUGAUGCACGCCACACACUACCAGAAGCCCUGGGAGCAGAGACACAUUAUUCGCAUUCUGUUCAUGGUCCCAGUCUACGCUGCUGUGUCUCUCCUGUCCUAUUACUAUUACAACCACAGCGUCUACUUUGAGGUCAUUCGAGAUUGCUACGAAGCGUUUGCCAUUGCCUCGUUCUUCAGCCUGCUUUGCGCCUAUAUUGCUCCCGAUUUGCACCAGCAAAAGAUCUACUUCCGCACCAUCACCCCUAGGAAAUGGGUUUGGCCCAUACCCUGGUUCCAGAAGUGUACAGGCGGCUCCGAGAAGGGCAUCUUGAGAACCCCUAGGAGCGGUCUCACUUGGUUCAAUGUCAUCUGGGUCUCGGUCUUUCAGUACUGCUUCAUUCGCGUCUUCUUCACCCUGGUCGCCGUCGCAACGCAGGCCGCCGACAUUUAUUGCUUAGAGUCCCUCAACCCCGCCUUCGCGCAUAUCUGGACCAUGGUAUUCGAAUCAGUCGGGGUCACCAUCGCCAUGUAUUGCCUGAUCCAGUUCUAUAUUCAAAUCAAGGAUGACAUCCGCCGCCACAAACCCUUACUCAAGAUCACAGCCAUCAAAUUGGUCAUCUUCCUCAGUUUUUGGCAGAGCACCCUGAUAUCGUUCUUGACCAGUUCAGGAGCGAUCAAAUCGACCUCCAAAAUCCAGACUCCCGACAUCAAAGUCGGCAUCCCCGCGUUACUCCUGUGUAUCGAAAUGGCCUUUUUUGCCAUUUUCCACGUCUGGUCGUUCAGCUGGAAGCCCUACACCCUUGGGUCGAAAGAAUUGAUGGCCGAGGCGGUCCCAGGUGAUCGGCUUACGUAUCAAGGCGGAUUCCUGGGCGUAAAGGCCUUGUGGGAUUCGUUCAAUGCGUGGGACAUGCUGAAGGCCACUGGUCGGUCAGCACGGUGGCUGUUCAAAGGUCGCAAGCACCGGCACACCGAUGCUAGCUACGACAUGACACGCAAGAACACGACAGGAAGUGAGUAUGCCGGGAGUCAGAAAUUGUCCAACUUUGACGGAAACACCACGUAUACUGGACCGGCUCAACCGCCGCACUACGGUGAAGAAGGUGACAACCUGCUUUCGAACAGCCAAGGUAUGGCCAUAACACGGCCCGAGAUACCUAGAAGGGACAGCGACCCCAACGAGGCACCAAUGUAUUACGAACAGGGUGACAUUGGUAUUGCGACGACAACGUACGACGACAAAUACACACCACAACAAUACAAUUCUCCAAGACCACCGCCGCAACAACACUACUCGCAGUACGCGCCCUACCAGGGGACAGAUGGCCAAGAGAGUGGCGUAUCGUCAUCCGCUCCUUACCCUUAUUCGACACGGGAAGCGUCAGGGCAAGCCAGCAGUAGAGAUAACAACCGGAUAUCUAUGCCGUACAUGCCACCACCUCGAAGUCGGCAACCGGAGCAGUCAUAUCCCUACCCGUCCCCGCAUGACAACAGAGACAACUUUUUGUGA